AUGAUGGUGACGGCAAUCCAUGUUUAAAAUGCCCAAUGCAACCGAAAGGUGGAUGCGACAAGCAAUGCAAUGACGAUCAAGUUUGUAUUCUAACUGAAAACACUUGUUCUGAGUGUGCAAAAUGGACUUGCCAACCUAAGAAUGAUCCGAAAUGCGUUACAUGCCCUGAAACUACAUGUACACCAUGCGACAAUACCUCUGAACUUUGGGUUCAGAACCGUUCCUGUUAUUCUUGCGGAGACUCUCGUUGCGUCAAAUCUAAACAAUGUAUCAUUUGUACCCAAAUAUAUCCAUCAUGCGUCGACCAAUGUCCUCUUAAUUAUAAGUGUCAUGUUUGGAAACAAGAUUGUUUUACAUGCGCUCAAGCUAGAUGCAUUCCUGAAAAUUAUAAUCCAGAAGGAUAA